CUACACGAACACACAUUCACUGAAGUUUUUACACUCAUGUGUUUGAUAUGAUGGUUUAUUACACGCCUUGUUGGAAUGCUUGAUUCUGAUUGGCCAGUCGCAACAUUUGCAGGCUGGUCAUUCCCAGAUAACAACCUCUCAAAACUAACACACAGAAACCGGGAUGCAGCAAAUCACUUUGACAGUUUUUUUGACAAGUAAAAUAUAUCUUUUAAUAACAUAAAUGACAUUAUAUUUACAAAUGAUUCAACCAAAUUGCCUGUUUGUGACGUUUGAAUGUGGUUUCUACCUAAAAACUGAAAGUCAACAGCUUUUCCUCGAAGGUCUAUAUUCAGUAAAAAUGAGCUAAUCAAAUAUUUCACAUGUGAAUUUUUUUUCUCAUGUGUCGAGUAGGCAUGUAAUAAGCGGGAUAAUGUACAAGCAGCCGGCUGUUAUCGUGUAAUAAGCCCCUUUAGUGUGAGACAAGAUCCUCCGCUUCAGGGAUUAUUUCUGCCAUGCGCCCGGCUGCCUGGACAUGAUCUCUUUCUUGAACACCCUCAAAUGAGUAAGUAAGAGAUGGUGAGAAGAUCAGAAGCAUUAGUCUAAAUAUAGAGAUGUUGUGACACUCAUCUGCAGUUUCAUAAUCCUCAUUACAAACCACUUCUGUGGAAACUACACACACAGCUGUCUGACACUCAGAAAACUCUUAACACACACAGACACACACACAGUCAGUCAUGGAGCGCUUCACCGCACCUGCUACUGAUAAACUACGGCAGAUCCAAAAAAUUGUUCAGGACAUUAAGAAGAAUGACGACAGUCUUUUCAACCGAUUAAAAAGGUUUCAGACUGAACAAACUGCUAAUAUUCUUAAAAGCGGUAGAAAUACGUUUGACAGGAUCAAGAAAAAAGGACCACCUAAAGUUCCUACAAGAGACUAUCAGGGUGAUGCAGCAGAAAGUGAGAAAUAUUCUGACUCAGAUUUUGAUAGUGACACGUAUGAAGACCCUCAGGGUGACCAUGAAGACAACUAUGAACCUCCACCGAGAUCUGAAGGUCACGCUGGGAAGGGCUUCACUGUUUCUCCGUCCAUCACAAACUCCAGAGGACAGUAUGCGGACAGUUGUCGUGGUCGACCCGUCCCUUCCGUUCGUCUGCCAGAGAGGAACAAAACCCCGUCAACCAGCAGAAACCAGCGAACGGAGCACCCGCACCGGCACCACCAGCACAAUGAGAAUGACAAUUAUGUCCGACCCCAGGAUGAAGAUAAUGAUGACAACUAUAUCGACCCCACUGAAAAAAUACCACAAAAACCUUGUGUUAACAGAGGACUCAAGUCAAGUGUUCCUGCCCCUUUAGACAGUCCAGAUGUCUAUGAAAUGCCUGAUGCAGAGGAGAACUGUCAGUUUAAUCAGAGCAGGAGUAACACAACUCUACAGGUCAACACACACAUGAUGCCUCCUAAAGUCAGUCCAAGAAUGCAAAUCAGAAGACCAACUGCGACUCCAGAGACAGACUCUGACGAUGAUUAUGAGACGUGUGAUGCAGAUGACUUUGUUAUUAAAAGGCCAGAAGAGACCAGAAGACCAUCCAUUCCCACACCACGACCCAGAGACCUGAAGAAAUCAAGUCCAGCUUUGAAUCCGAAACCAAACGUUGCCCACAGAGAUACUGAAGCAGACAUCACCAGUCCACCGACAACUGGAUUCCACCGAGUCACAAGGCCUCAGAUCCGACAGAUGCCCACCCAGAGCAGAGAGAGCAAAGAGAGCAGAGAGAGCAGAGCCACUCGAGACGCUGAAGAAGAGGCGGGUGUGUACAAGAAGGUUUGGUACUCCAGCAGCUGUGAUCGCAGGACGGCUGAGGACGCUCUCAUUCGCUCGGCUAAGGACGGCUCGUUUCUGCUCAGGAAGAGUUCCGGCGUGGACACGCAGCAGCCGUACACACUAGUGGUGUUCUACAGCGGGCGCGUCUACAACAUCCCGGUGCGCCACAUCACAUCAUCCAAACAGUUUGCACUGGGCAAAGAGAAACAAGGAGAAGAGCGGUUCAGCAGCGUUUCAGACAUCAUUGAGAAUCAUCAGAACAAUCCUUUAGUUCUGGUGGAUUCACAGAACAACACCAAAGACUCCACCAAACUCAAACAUGCAGUGAAACCGUGAGAGACCUGCAGAAACCACAUCAAACCAUCAAACCGCUGAGUGUAGAGAUGAAAACUGACGAGAAUAGAACGACAUCAUCUGGGAUCUGCUGCUACUUUUUAUAUUAAUAAACAAAGUAUGGCUGAAAAUAUAUAUGUAUAAUUCCUCUUUUUCUCGGUCAGUAACCGUAAAAAGUUCAAAUAUACAAUUUGUUAUCAAAACGUUGCUUAUGACUUGUUUGUUUUGUGUCAAAAUGUUGUAAGCAUUAAAAAAGUAUAACAAAGAAAUGUCUGAUUUGGUAAAUGUUUAAUAAUAAUAAUACAUUUAUUUGUCUAUAGUGCCUUUAAAAGUUAACAGCCUUUAAAUAUAAAAGUACAAAAU